UAAAACAACAACAACAACCAGCAACUCAGAAAACAAAUUAUACAAAAAAUAAUCUAAAACAAAAAUACACUUUUAGUAAUAAACAAAAAGUAACAAAGAAAACUAUUUAAUGUUUUCUCUAUAUGUUUUCUAAUUAAGUAUUAAAUUUUGUGUUAAACUUUUUUUACAAACAAAUAACUAAUUAUCCCAACAACCUUUUUGCUAACUAAUUACAACAAUAACAACAACAACAACUAAUAGUACACAUCCAAUAACAUUUGUGCUCAAACACAGCAGUUGCAAGCAGAAUUUAAGAAAUUUAAGGAAAUUUGUUAAAAAUUAAACAACAUGAACAAAAUUACAGUCUGUGCAACAUCUAUGGAUUCUUUGUGCACCAGAAACUAAAAUUACAAGCUGUGCAACAGGUUUCUAUGUGGUCCAGAUAAGGUCAAACUUUAAAUACACUUAGUAGCAGCUAUUGAUAUAGAACCCGGUGAUAUAUUAAUCGAGGAACAGCCCUUAUUGAUCACCACUCACUGGGAAUGUGAACAAAUGAAAUGCUCCAAAUGUUGUGAGGACUCUUUCGUCAUGUGCAAACAAUGUCAAUUUUUUCCCCUCUGUAUGGAUUGCAGUGAUCACGAUCGUUUUGAAUGUGAAUUUUUUCAAACACAAGCCAAACAUAUUUCCAAAAAUUUGCUCAUAAAUAAUUAUGCUCUCAAUGCGUUAAUUAAACUUUUAUUAUUACGUGAAAAUCCCGAUACAACAGAGAAAUGUCAAAAUCUUUUGCCACAUAAUUUCAAAUUAAAUGAAUAUCGCGAAAGUGAUAUAUGGCAAGAUCAUGAAGAGAAUAUUGUACAACCUUUAUUACAAUCGGGUUUUAUGGAUACUUUGUCUAGGGCCAAGGAGCAGGAUUGUUUAGAUGGUGAUCUAUUGCAUAAGUUAUGUAUAUUAAUAGAUGCAAACGCUUUUGAGGUGUCCAGUAAAGUGAUGGGUGAUUCGUUGAAGGGUAUUUAUGUACAUGCAGCAAAAAUGCCACAUCAUUGUGUACCGAAUGCAGCCACCUCGAUAGAUGAUGAAUAUAAUAUGAGAAUAUAUGCUGGAGUACCUAUUAAAGCGGGAGAGAUUAUUUAUAAUUCAUUUACAAAUCCAUUAAUGGGCACCAUACAACGUCAACUUCACCUACGAAUGACACGACAUUUUGAAUGUGACUGCAGUCGUUGUCUGGAUCCCACUGAAAUGGGUACCCAUAUGAGUUCGAUUAAAUGUAAACACUGUAACGAUGGCUUUGCCAUUUGCCAACGAGGUAAAUGGUCUUGUGAACAAUGCAAUAACACUACCGAUCCUAUACAAGUACAAAAACUACUCACAGAAGUCUCUGAGGCAAUGGCCAAUGUUAAUGGUGAUAUUAUGGUUUACGAGGAAUUACUACAUAAAUAUUCUGGAGAUUUUCAUCCCAAUCAUUUUCUUAUGAUUGAUAUAAAACAAAAUAUUGCCACUAUUUUAAGGAGUAUACUAAUGAAUCCCAUGUGUAAACCGGGCAAAGAGGUCUUAGAAAGACGUUUAGAUUUAUGCGAGGAAUUACUGCCAGUGGUGAAAUCUGUUAUACCGGGUUAUUCUAAAUUAUAUGCCAUAGCUUUGUAUGAGUAUUUGUUGUCAUUUCUAGAGUUAUCCGAAAUGGAUUUUCGUUGUAAAGAAUUGACCAAGGAUGUUUAUUUGAAAAAAUUAGAAUUUGCUAAAGAAAUUGCUGCCGAAGCAAAAGAGUUAUUAACGUUUGAGCCAGUUAAUUCACCAGAGGGUCAUCUGGUACGACGCAUCUCUAUACAACAGGAACAAAUUGAAGAAAAUUUACAUAAACUUUCUGCUAAAUAAAUUUAUUUUUUUUGAUUAUGUAAAAUAAAAUAUUUUGAUUUUUUUU